UUUUCUGGACGAAAUACCACGGAAGCGCCAGUUUCGAUUUCGGAUUGGGUUCAAGACCGUUCGAGACGGCCGGCUGCCGGGUUUCCAACUGCAAAACAACCAGCGACAGGUUGUUACUCAUUACACGCCAUCAUUUUCCAUUCGGGAAAUCUCAACAUCUCCGACAUUCGUUUCGAUCACCAGCGCUGGAUCUUUUAUUCCUUUACAUCGCCAGUCAAUUUGGCUCCCAUUCCGAAAUUCUUACAAGACAAAUUCAAUUGGACAAUGACUUACCGCCGAGAUUCCGAUAUUAUUCAUCGCUAUCCAUUCGGAUCUCUGGUGGCCAGUAAAACGAUGCGCAAGAGUUACGGCAAAACGCGUCCGACGGCCAAUUCUGUGCAGCGUCGGAUUCCGCACAAGAAGAAGCUCGUCGCCUGGAUUACGUCGACUUGCCCGACGUCGGUGCGGCGGGAAAAUUACGUGCGCCAGUUGGCCAGGCACAUCUCUGUCGACAUUUACGGCGGGUGCGGUCACAAAUACUGCGGCAGUCACGAACAGUGCAUGAAGAUGCUCCGUGAAGAUUACAAGUUCGUGCUGGCCUUUGAGAAUUCCCUGUGCACAGACUACGUCUCGGAGAAAUUGUACACGGCGCUGGAGAAUGGCGUCGUGCCCGUCGUCUACGGUGAGGCCGACUACCGGGCCUAGGGCCUACGCCCCCAGCUAUUCUUACGUCAACGCCCGCGAUUUCGGCUCGCCAAAGGAGUUGGCCGAGUACCUGUGGCUCUUGCACCAGAACGACCAUCCUGUACCAGAACUAUUUCUCGUGGAAUCAAGACUACAUGGUGGACAGGUUCCCCACCGACGGAUGGUGCAACUUGUGCCAGAUGCUACACAGACCCAUCGAGUCGCAGGCCUAUUCCGACGUCCAGCGAUGGUGGGCCGAGGAAGUCACUUGCACCUCCAAUUAUCACUUCAAUCUCACCGUCAGCAACAAUCUAGAGCCGGUGGCGUCCAAUUCACUCCACUAAUUAAGUGUCGCCGUGAUGUGGUACGUGUGGAAACAAUUCAAAAACUUUUUUUAAAAUUCAAAUUUCAAUCAAAAGAAACGAAUCUGAUGCGCGUCAUCUGCUUGCUUCAGCCCCAUUGUUGUUCCAUUUGAGAAACAACCUUACCCCUCCACAUUUGAACAAUUAGGCUAUACGAUUACUAGUUUAUGCCGGUUUGAAUUGCCAAUUUGUGUAACAUCCUGAACGCGCUGAAACCGCCAAUCGACGGCCAUUUUUUUGCUUAUUUAUGAGAUAAAAUUGAAUUUGUUGUGUCCUAACAUUUAACGAGAAUCUGGUCGAGAAGAUGAAUAUGUGUUGACUUUGCGCUACAUCGUUUCAUAUUGUGAAAAGGUUUUUUUAUUUGUCCAUCGCUAUUUUUUCUAUCGAAAAAAUGUUUUUAAGAAUUUGCCUUUCCGGUAGUAGAGUUCCGUUACACUCGAUUUGUAGGGAAAUAAAGAAAAGAUUAAUGUUGGCUGAAAUACGGUGUGCUAUACAAGCUGUUCGUUUACUGUCACGGUAUCAAGUGAAUGUAUAAUUAGUGGCCCUCUGACGUUUGUUGUCAGCUGUUUCUGUCCGUGGGCACAUCCAAUGUGAUGACGUCUGAUAAAAUAAAUGUUUUCCCACCAGAAA